AAGCAGAUUAUAUAUUUACACACACUCCCUCAAUUUGUGUGAUCUACAGACGAGUGCUCUCUGUUUCCUUCUGCGUUCCAUCGAUUCAUACUGCACACACAUACAUGUAUGUGUAGACGCAGAGAGUGUGUGUAAGAUCUAAUCGAGAUCUUUUUAUUUUUCUGAGCUCUUUUGUGUUAACAGAAAUGGCGAAGCAUCGAACGACGUCGGUUUGUACAUGGAUCUUCAUCGCCUCUCUUCUCUUCGUCCAUUCCCACUCUUUCUAUCUCCCCGGUGUUGCUCCCGUCGAUUUCGAAAAGGGGGACCCUCUAAAGGUGAAAGUGAACAAACUGACUUCAAUAAAAACACAACUUCCUUACUCAUAUUAUACUCUCCCAUUUUGUCGGCCGGACACAAUUGUAGAUAGUGCAGAGAAUCUCGGAGAAGUUCUUCGCGGUGACCGUAUUGAAAACUCUCCAUACGAGUUUAAAAUGCGAGAACCACAGAUGUGCAACAUUAUGUGUCGUGUAAUACUAGAUAAAAAAAUAGCAAAGGAGAUCAAGAGAAAGAUCGAUGAUGAUUACAGAGUGAACAUGAUCUUGGAUAAUCUUCCAUUGGUUGUUCCAGUGCGGAGGAUGGACCAGGAAUCAUCCUUUUUAUAUCAACAUGGCUAUCUUGUUGGUCUUAAAGGAAUAUAUGCUGGUAGCAAGGAUGAAAAGUAUUUUAUUAACAACCACUUGGCAUUCACAGUCAAGUAUCACAAGGAUUUACAAACAGACUCUGCAAGGAUCGUAGGAUUUGAAGUCAAACCUUUCAGUGUUAAACAUGAAUAUGAAGGUACCUGGAAUGAUAAAACUCGCUUAACUACAUGUGAUCCUCAUGCUAAACGCACAGUGACCAACUCUGAAUCUCCUCAAGAGGUUGAAGAUAAGAAGGAAAUUAUCUUUACAUAUGAUGUUGAGUUUGAGCCGAGUGAUGUUAAAUGGGCUUCCAGAUGGGAUAGUUAUCUUCUAAUGACAGAUGAUCAAAUUCACUGGUUUUCAAUCGUCAAUUCUUUGAUGAUUGUUCUUUUCCUCUCUGGCAUGGUGGCUAUGAUCAUGCUCAGGACACUCUACCGUGAUAUUUCGAAGUACAACCAGCUAGAGACUCAAGAAGAGGCCCUAGAAGAAACAGGAUGGAAGCUGGUUCAUGGAGAUGUUUUCAGGCCUCCAGUGAACUCAAAUUUGCUGUGUGUUUAUGUUGGUACAGGUGUUCAAUUUUUUGGAAUGAUACUUGUUGCUAUGAUCUUUGCAGUUCUUGGUUUCUUAUCCCCUUCAAACAGAGGAGGGCUGAUGACAGCUCUACUUCUACUCUGGGUCUUCAUGGGUAUUUUUGCUGGGUAUGCUUCGGCCAGGAUUUAUAAGAUGUUCAAGGGAACCGAAUGGAAAAAGAUCACCAUCCAAACAGCUUUCAUGUUCCCAGGAAUUGUUUUUGCCAUUUUCUUUGUGCUGAAUGCUCUUAUAUGGGGCGAGAAAUCCUCAGGGGCUGUGCCUUUUGGUACAAUGUUUGCUUUGGUGUUCUUGUGGUUUGGCAUCUCAGUCCCGCUUGUUUUUGUGGGCAGCUAUGUUGGGUUUAGAAAGCCUGCAAUGGAGCAUCCUGUGAAAACCAACACUAUUCCGAGACAGAUACCUGAACAGGCUUGGUACAUGCACCCAGUGUUUUCUGUUCUGAUUGGGGGAAUUCUCCCCUUCGGGGCUGUAUUCAUAGAGCUCUUUUUCAUUCUGACCUCCAUCUGGUUGCAGCAAUUUUAUUACAUUUUUGGAUUUCUUUUCCUAGUGUUCAUCAUCUUAGUCGUUACUUGUGCGGAGAUCAGUAUUGUGCUGUGCUAUUUCCAGUUAUGCAGUGAGGACUACCUUUGGUGGUGGAGGUCGUACCUUACAUCAGGCUCUUCAGCAAUCUAUCUUUUUCUCUAUGCAGCAUUUUACUUCUUCUCAAAGCUGAAUAUCACAAAGCCGGUGUCUGGAAUCUUGUACUUUGGCUACAUGUUGAUUGCUUCAUACUCGUUCUUCGUGCUCACUGGUACAAUUGGGUUUUUUGCAUGUUUUUGGUUCACAAGGUUAGUAUACUCGUCAGUGAAGAUUGACUGACUAAUUGACAAAAGAAAGGUGGCCAUUCGGUUAUUUUAUUUUGGGGAAGCAUAUAGCCUCUCCCGUGAUUAAGCCUGCAAACUAUAGGGGAACUCUUGAUAGUCUUGAAGUUGGGUAACUUAAUAUAGAAAUUUGUUUUGUAAACUCAGACCGUCACUUGAAUUAGUUUUUAUACCCUUGUCCAUUUCAUUUUGUCAUGAUAGCGUAUUGAGAUACUCUGGUAAGAAAUAUUUGAAGGAAUUACUAUGUGUAGCGUUUCCGGACAGAAUCAUAUGGAGGCAUUGUUAUGUAUGUAAAGCUAUAAAUUUGUCUGGGAAACUUGCUUGUUGAGGUGAAAUAAUUGAUGUGCACGAAUAAUGUAGUUUCAGUGUAUUUCUAGGGACAA